UCUUAAAAGAAAAACAAAUAGUUGAGUUGGCAAACAUAAAACAGAGAGUGCAAAAUGACUGAAGAAACAAUUAUAUUAAUUUUAUUGGUAAUUGUGAUGCUAGUUGGAUCCUAUCUAGCAGGAAGCAUACCCCUUGUUAUGAAAUUAAGUGAGGAAAAACUGAAAUUCGUUACAGUACUCGGCGCUGGCUUGUUAGUUGGCACUGCUUUAACAGUAAUUAUACCAGAAGGCAUUCGAUCUUUAUAUAUGGACAGUAAUGGACCACAAGCCCCAGCAGCAGCAGCUGCACCAAUGGAUGAUGUAGCGAAACUUAAUGCAGCCGGCGUGAAUGAGACACACAAGGCACACGACUAUUCGCGUACAAUUGGAUUAUCUCUGGUGUUGGGCUUUGUUUUUAUGAUGCUCGUGGAUCAAGUUUCUCAACGUAAAAGCAGCAAAGGCAACGAAAAUGAGAAAAAUAUUACGGCUACUCUCGGAUUAGUGGUGCACGCAGCAGCUGAUGGGGUGGCGUUAGGUGCUGCUGCAACCACCAGUCACCAGGAUGUUGAAAUAAUUGUUUUCCUAGCCAUAAUGCUGCAUAAGGCGCCAGCUGCAUUCGGCUUGGUUAGUUUUUUGCUGCACGACAAAGUGGAACGACAGCAAAUUCGAAAGCAUCUGGGCAUAUUCUCAUUAUCAGCUCCACUGCUAACGCUGCUCACCUAUUUUGGCAUAGGGCAGGAGCAAAAGGAGACACUUAAUUCUGUGAAUGCCACUGGAAUCGCGAUGCUCUUCUCUGCUGGCACCUUUUUGUAUGUGGCAACGGUGCACGUAUUGCCCGAACUGAUGCAAGGCGGGCACAACAGCAAUCUUCAUCGUAAGGGCCAACACGAAUACCAUAUGCUAGAGGAAUCUCGAGAGUCACCCGCUCCUUGUGACUUGCCCACAGUCAGUCAAGGUCUGCGGUACAGUGAGCUAAUAAUCAUGAUUUGCGGAGCUUUGCUGCCACUGGUGAUCACAUUCGGCCAUCAACAUUAGCACUGGCAAUAGCAUUAGUUGCCUAGCCUAACUAUAUUAUAGCCUAAGUAGACUUUCUAUGGCUAAUGCAUAAUUUGUAUAUAAGAUUUAAGCUAAGGCUAAUUGUACAAUUUACUGUUAAUUCAAUAGAAAUGUUAAGUUAUACCAUUCACCAUGCAACACAUGACGGGAUUUCUAGAACUUCUUUCUACCAUUGUACUCAAUAUGGAUGAGUUACCACUAUCCAUAACCAUUAGUUGCCAAAAACAUGAUGUGCAGCAUUUUUAGCAUAACAUAAAUCGAAACUGUGACGGGACCAGCAGAACUGUUAGUUAACAGUUGCGCAACCUACUAAGUCUCUUAACCGUAGUCAUGGCUGUUUUUACUUACUCAAAAUGUAUAUACAUACAUAUGUUCAAUUCUGUUGAUGUAAGGAGCAUUGCUAUGGUUAAGGGCAAGCACUUGCGAAUGCAUGUUGCUGUUGUUCCCGUUGGGAUAAUUCCAUUAAAUAAUACAAGCAAGGCUGUUUCGUUUUUGAUCAUUUAUUCGUUAUAUGUAUGUAAUAAUAAUAUUAAUGACUUAAUUUUAGGCGACAUGGCUUUAACGCACUUGGUUUUUUUCAAUCGUCUAUCUGUUGUGUGGGUCGUGGGCUGGGGAGUCGGGUGUGUAAUGUGUAAUGGCAAUGUUACAUUAUGUACGCACACAUAUACAUACAUAUGUUUGUGUGCAUAGUGUGUAUGUAUGUAUGGAUAAUGUAUAAGUUAUUAAACUUUCAGUAUUUUUAGGCCACUCGAAUUUAGUUUUGUUGCUUACAUUUGUAUGUAUGUAUGUAUUUAUAUAUAUA